GUCGUCUCUGCUUCCAAUUGUGAAAGUGGAGUGAGAGGAGAGAAGAGGAGGGUUUUCCAAAUCUUAGGGUUUUUUUCUUUUUUUUUUCUUUCCGCGGAAUAGAGAGAGAGAGAGAGAGAGAUGGAGAGAGAGAUGGAGGAGACGAUUACGAAGAAUUCACAAGUAGAAGUGUGUUCUGAAGAAGAAGGUUUUGCAGAUGCAUGGUUCAGAGGUGUUCUCGAGGAAAACCCAACGAAAUCAGGACGCAAAAAGCUCCGUGUUCGUUACAUGACUCUGUUGGACGACGACGGUUCUUCUCCUUUGUAUGAGAACAUCGAACCGAGGUUCAUCAGACCUGUUCCGCCGGAGGAUGAGUACAAAGGUGUCGUCUUUGAGGAAGGGUUGAUGGUGGAUGCUGACCAUAAAGACGGAUGGUGGACCGGUGUGCUUAUCAAGAAAUUGGGGGAUGACAAGUUUUGGGUUUACUAUGAUACUCCACCUGACGUUAUUGAGUUCCGGAGAAACCAAUUGAGACCCCAUCUCCGCUGGACCGGUUGGAAAUGGGCCCGACCAGAGAUUCAGGAAUUGGAUAAGUCCAUGUUUAGCUGCGGGACAAUGGUGGAAGUGAGUACUGUCAGAGGGAAACCGGAAGUUGCCUGGUUCCCCGCUAUGAUAGUUAAAGAGAUCGAAGUGGAUGAUGAGGUGAAGUUCAUCGUGAAGGACUGUAAUAAACACUUGAGCUUUAAUGGUGAUGAGGCUAGAACAAACACUACCGUUGAUUCCUACCGUGUUAGACCCACACCGCCUCCUUUUCCAGCUGACAAUUACAUGUUGUUGGCUCGUGUUGAGGUCUUUCGUGGUUCCGUAUGGCGUCAAGGGUUGGUUAGAGAAAUUCUCAAUCAGAAUUGUUACAAGGUUAUUUUAGCGAAUACAAAGGAGGAAUGCGUGUUUAAACACUCAGAUCUCAGGCUUUGUAAGGUUUGGGAAGAUGGGGUUUGGCAGGAUGGACCAAAGUCCACUUUUCAGCAAAAUUUCGGGAGAGAAACUCCUUCCAAUGUCAUAAAAGCAAAGCCAAUUCGCUCUUGUUCUGGUGCUAAGUCAGUGACUCCGAAAAGGACCACAAAGCAUAUAAGAAGAUCACUCAAUCUUGAGGAUAAUGACGAGACUCUCACAAAUGCUGAAACUGGAGCUGCCACUCGAGAACUGAGAACGAAGAGGGCUAAUGAUGUUACUAAUGAUAAUACUCCUCGGGCCAUAACCCCGCAAGCGAAACCAAUAGCCUCUGUUAAACCUGUGGCCCCGUCCCGAGUCAGAACUGCAACGCCGUUGAAACCAACAGAGGCUGAUACUCGAGGAAAGACAGCCCCUAAGAAGACACCUGAGCCAAUGAGUAAAAGGAAUGGCUUGAAAAAUGCAACUCAACAGAAGAUGCUUGAGGAGAAGAGUAUCGAAGAUAAGGGUAUAAAAAGGAAGAGAGAAGAAAAACAGAACGCAGACCUUGGGGAAACUGAUGAGAGUUGCAAUGGUCCAAUAGCUGAGAUCAAUGAUACAAGUACUAUCUGCACCGAUGCUGAUGUCGAUGAUCAGCCUCUCGCUGCUUGGAUAAGUUCACCUACUGAGCUACCCUUUGAUCAUAGCUCGGCUGUGGUGAAUAAUGCUGCUGCUGCCACCGAUGUUGAGGAAACACAAGGAAAUAAUACACUAAUGAGUUUGCCUUUUGCAAAGAAGUCACCGUUUUGGAAGGCGUAUGAAACAGUACCACAGAUUCCACAUUUUGGCCCAUUGUUUGAGGCUAAAGAAGAUCUCCGGGAAUGGGCAGCAGUUGGUAUGAUGGUGACUUUCUACGGGUUAUUAGAUGAAGUAAAUCAUCUGCAGCCCGAUGUUUCCUCGAGCACACUAAGUAGCCUCAGUUGUUCUUUUGAGGAUCUAGAGAAGUAUGGGUUUGACAUUUCAACCCCUCAGUCACGGAUCAACAAAAUGGUUUCUCUCCAAGAUGAGAGAGCAACGAAAGAGGAGGAAAGAAAAUGUCUAGAGAAGACAAUUGAAGCUGGAGAGCUGGAAGUGCACAAGUAUGAAGAAGAGAUGGUCGAGUUAGAAUGCAAAAUUCUGGAGCUGAAGAAACAACAAGUGGUUACGAAAGAGAAGAAGAAAGCUGCUGAAAAAAGGACAAUUGAAAUGAAAGCAUGGCGAGAAACGAUUGAGCAAAAGAUUGAAGAUUUGAAGCUUGAGUUGGAGACAACUGCUUCUGCUCCAUGGUAAAUGGUAAUAACUAAGGUAAAGAAGCCAACGCUAGGAAUGACAUCUAAGCUCUGUAUUUUGGUAAAUGACAACUUAGAGAGGGUAGAUGUAAGUUAAAAAAAAAAGUCUAAUCUAAGGUCAGUAGCUCGGUUAUUGUUUAUGAGGGGAUGUUUAGUUUAACUAAUCCUUUUAAGAUGAAGUAUCUUUUGCGAAUCUUAUGAUGGUGAAUCAAUCUAUAUAUUUUGAGAGUCUCCCAACAAUCAAGACCGG